AGCCGACUUGCCAAUAGCACGCCGAGUAAUAUUCCGCAACUCUGCAAAGGCUCCAGUCUCUCUUAAAGUGCCCUCCUUUGAGAAUCCCUAGAAUCGACCCAUCAUGCCGAAAGCACCUAAGUCGCCCGGCGUGCGCGACCAGCGACACAACCCUCUAGCCGAAGAAUAUGCGCCCUCAGACCCGUGGAAGAACAAGGCGCAAAAGCGACAAAAGCGCAGCAAGGGCGACAAGGACGACGAAGAGGAGCAGAAAUAUGUAGACUCUAAGAGCUCGCGCAAAAUCUUGGAGAUUGGCCGAGAGCUGGAAGAGGAGGAUGCACGAGAAACCAAGGCUAAGAGACCACGAGAGGCCAACCCUGCGUUUGACUUUGAGACACGCAUGGGAGAAGAUGACAUGAUCGAGGAAGACGUAGUGCACGCAGAGGAUGACGACGAAGCGUGGGGCGACGAUGACGAAGAGGUCGAGGAAGUUGAGAUUGAUGCGAAUGACUUGGCGGCAUGGAACAAAUUCAUCCCAACUGACGACAACCCAAUUGUAUGGCCUGGCGAAGAAGCGCAACCUUCAGGACCAGGCACAGAUCUAGCUGCACUCAUUCUCGAGAAGAUCGCCGCACACGAGGCCGGAGGCGAAGUGCAGCACCCAGAAAUUCAAGGCGGCGGUGCUCCAGAAGAUGCCAUUGAACUACCCGCCAAGGUUGUUGAAGUAUACUCCAAAAUUGGCCUCAUCCUGAGCCGCUACAAGAGCGGCAAGCUACCCAAGCCAUUCAAGAUCCUCCCCACAAUCCCCGCCUGGGAAACCCUCGUUGCCAUCACUCGUCCCGACGACUGGACCCCCAACGCAACCUACGCAGCAACCCGCAUUUUCAUAUCUGCAAAGCCUCAAACCGCCCAAAUCUUCCUCAACACCAUCCUCCUCCCGCUCGUCCAACAAAACAUCCGCGAAACCCACAAGCUAAACGUGCACCUGUAUAACGCCCUGAAGAAAGCCCUAUACAAGCCCUCCGCCUUCUUCAAGGGCAUCGUCUUCCCCAUGCUCACCGAUAUUUCCUGCACACAACGCGACGCCGUCAUCGUCGCCUCUGUCGUCGCCAAAAUCUCCGUCCCCGUCCUCCAUUCCGCAGCCGCUCUCCACCGCCUCUGCGAAAUCGCCGCCGAGCAAAUGUCAUCGGACCCCGAUGCCGCAGGCCCCUGCAACAUCUUCAUCAAAACACUGCUCGAAAAGAAAUACGCGCUCCCCUACAAAGUCAUCGACGCCCUCGUCUUCCACUUCUUGCGCUUCCGUGGCGUAGGCGCUAGCAGCGCUGAUGCCAUGGAUACGGAAUCCGUAGCUGGCGACUUGGGUAACACGGGGAAACUGCCAGUGAUUUGGCAUCAGUGUUUGCUGGCGUUUGCGCAGAGAUAUAGGAACGAUAUCACUGAGGAUCAGAGGGAGGCGUUGCUGGACUUGUUGCUUACGAGGGGUCAUAGGAGUAUUAGUGCGGAGGUAAGGAGGGAGUUGCUGCAGGGGAGGGGGAGGGGUGUGAUGAUUGAGCAGCCGAGUGUGGGGGUCGAUGGGGAUGAUACUAUGAUGGGGGUUGAUGCGUAAAUAUCUCGCAUGUUCUUUCUGCUGUUUCUUGGAGGGUUUAACGACGAUUUCAUGAGCAUUUUACGGCGUUUUAUGGGGUUCAAGGGAAAAGGGCCUCUGCGGAAGCUUGACAUGUUACUAUCUCCCUUUUCCUAGGGAGGAAAGGUUCUUAUGAACAAUGGAUAUUUCUUCUUAUAUACGUGUUGCCUUAUUCUGUCUUGAUAUCCGCCAUGCGCUUGUAAAAAGCGACAUACCCCUUGAUCUUAUUCAUGCUCUCGAGCGGCUCCGGGUAGUACCAUGCUGCGUCCUUGACUUCGGUCUUGUUGGUCGUGAUGGUGUAGUAGCUUGCUUCUCCCUUGUAGGGACAGUGCGUUUUUGUGCUUGUAGGGCUGAAGUGAGAUUGCUUGAUGGCGGUUGGUGGGAACUAUUUGCGGGUAAUUUGUUAGUUUCGGUUGAUGAAGCAGAAAGAAA